CGCUAAAAGGCCGCCUAGAUCCGUGUACAUGCGAGAGUUGAAUGAACCUUAAAAAGAGGAGUGGCGCCUUUUGCAAGUGAAUCAUCUGCCCUCGUGCAAGACUAUUCAUCAUUUUCAUAAGUGGGAACAAAUCACUAUGGUUUUGCCAGCUCUUGAUAUCCCGGCCGAUCGAGCUGCUGACUCAAGGCGUGUCUCGAUAACUCGGAGUGUAUCCACGUCGCCUACGGCCACUUUUAUGUCCCCGCCUUCAAGCUUUAGCGGGGCACGGAAGGCAUCGGUCAAGCACCUGAAGCCAUUUAACACCGGAGAUAUUAAGAUAUUGCUUUUGGAAAACGUCAAUCAAACGGGCCGGGACAUAUUAUUGAAGCAAGGCUAUCAGGUGGAAUUCUUGAAGUCUUCAUUGCCUGAAGACAAACUGAUCGAAAAGAUUCGUGAUGUUCACGUCAUCGGGAUCCGAUCAAAAACGAAACUUACUGCCAAUGUUCUCAGAGAGGCCAAAAACUUGAUUGUCAUUGGGUGCUUCUGCAUUGGAACGAACCAGGUUGAUCUUCAGUAUGCGGCGGAUCAUGGAAUUGCCGUUUUCAACUCUCCUUUCAGUAACUCCCGGAGUGUUGCCGAGCUAGUUAUUGGUGAAAUUAUUGCGCUGGCUCGCCAAUUAGGGGAUCGCUCAAAUGAACUUCAUCAGGGGAUCUGGAACAAGGUUAGCAAAGGAUGUUGGGAGGUUCGUGGAAAAACUUUAGGUAUAAUCGGUUAUGGCCAUAUCGGAUCCCAACUCUCCGUGUUGGCUGAAGCCAUGGGGAUGUCAGUCAUCUAUUAUGAUAUCGUCAAUCUCAUGGCUUUGGGUACUUCUAAACAAGUUCCGGAUCUCGGAGUGCUUCUUGGCGAAGCAGAUUUCGUUACCUGUCAUGUCCCCGAGCUGCCUGAGACUCAACGCAUGAUUGGUCCAAAGCAGUUCGAGCAGAUGAGAACCGGCAGUUACCUAAUCAACGCGAGUCGCGGCAGCGUUGUUGAUAUUCCUGCUUUGAUAGACGCAAUGCGGACUGGUAAAGUUGCCGGCGCUGCGCUUGAUGUUUACCCCAACGAGCCUGCAGGUAAUGGAAACUAUUUCCACAAUGAUCUUAACACUUGGGCCGAGGACCUUCGGAGUCUCAAAAAUCUAAUUCUUACCCCGCAUAUUGGCGGAAGCACUGAAGAAGCACAAAGCGCCAUCGGAAUUGAGGUUGGUGAGGCGCUCGUUCGCUAUGUAAACGAAGGUGUGACUCUCGGAGCUGUCAAUAUGCCUGAGGUCAAUCUUCGCUCACUGACCCUUGAGGAUUCCGACCAUAUCCGAGUCAUAUUUAUCCACCAAAAUAUUCCUGGCGUCCUGCGAAAAGUCAAUGAAAUCCUUGGAGAUCACAAUGUUGAUAAGCAAAUGACCGAUAGCAGAGGAGACGUCGCCUAUUUGAUGGCCGAUAUAAGCAACGUGGAUCACAACGGUGUACGAGAGCUUUAUGAGGAACUGGAAAGCUUGAACUCCUGCAUAAAGACCCGAAUUCUUUAUUAGAGAAAUAUCUGCCUCCGGCACUUACAGUUUCACGAUUGAAUAAGAGGCGUUAGUAGCAUGAGCUGCUUGUAGAGGUUCAACACGGUUGUUGAAUGAUGCAGGACGUGAGUACGUUUGAAGGUUGGGCGAUUUAGAAGACACCUCAACGGUGAUCAAUGACUUUAUUGUAUUUUUCAAGAAACUAAAAGUGAAUUCGAAUCAUACUGGAAUGCAUUGCACGUCUUCAGGAUUGCAUGAGAUUUAGUCACGGCGCGGAGUCCCUAUCACAACAAC